AUGGACGAAUCUAUAUUAUAUGUUCCAGCGGGCCCCGAAGGCUCGGCAUUGGCUGCUUCGCUUCAUCUGACCCGGCAGAACGCUGCAUUUCGAUAUGCAGACUCCAAGUUUCUUCUGGCUGUUUGUUCCGGCCAAAAAGCCGGCGACAGAUUAUUUCUUGCCGGUUCCAAGCCGUUAAUAACCGUUUAUUCAUGGGGAAAAGAGAGUCCCGACCAAAGAAUUCCUGUUCCGGAACCGCUAACUUGCAUGGCUUUGUGUAAGCAUCCUUCUAAUGAAAAAAUCAACCACAAAGUGCCGACUUUUCAACUUCCCUGGCUUCUUGCUGGAGGAUCUGCAUCCGGAAAACUUUAUAUCUGGGAAUUGAGCUCGGGGAAUCUUGUAUGUGUCAAAGAAGCACACUACCAGGCCAUCAAUGUGCUCAAGUUUUCGGAAUGUGGCACAUAUCUUGUUAGUGGAGGAGCCGAUGCUCGAUGCUCGGUAUGGAAGACAUUGGAUUUGGUGACGAUUGACGACCCAGAAACCCAAAAAACUGCUUCUGCUCUCACUUUCAUGGACCAUACGCUUGCAGUGACCGAUAUCUGGCUCACUACCGGUAUCCGCUCGGAUAUUCGUUUAUAUUCGUCUUCGAAAGACGGCACUGUCAGAAACUACGAUAUCACUUCCGGAAAACUUAUCACCACUUUUGUGCUUCCUUUGUCAGUUGAGUGUCUUGCUGUGGACCCAGCGGGCCGAGCAUGCUACGCUGGACUCUCGGACGGAACUAUACGAACCGUUCUUCAGUAUAAAGUGAAUCCGCACACAUCAGUUCUUGAAGCCGUUGGAGGAAACGGCAAAGUAGUGACAUUAGCCACCGACCCAGAACUCAGAGAACUGUUUGUACAUCACCAGCCACACCGGGUUACAAGCGUCAAAGUGUCAUUGGAUGGAACCACCAUAAUUUCCAGCGACGAAUCUGGCCGAGUAAUGGUGGCCGAUGCCGUCACCACCCAAGUGGUCAAGGCACUUUCUCCAGCAACUUCUCCCGUUAUAUAUCUUGCGGUGGAUACCGUGGUUGCUGGCUCUCAAUUUGGGCGCUUUGAGAAGAAACACAGACUAAUUCCGCAGCUCAAACGAGUGUUGGUUGAUGGAGACCUCACCAAGCAUUUUGUCUCGAUGGAAUUUUCUGAAGAAAUAAAACCACAACCUGACUUUGAUUUGUGGUUACAGCAAAAGGCAGAAGAAGCCAGAGAGGUGGAAGAAGAAAAACCUAAACAAAAAGAACAGGAUUCAGAAACAGAAAAGCUUGCGAAGCUCACCAAGGCAUAUGGCGACUUGAGACAAAAGCACGAGCAAUUGUUGCGCGAGAUGUCUGCAUAG